UCGCUCUGCUGUCUGCAUUCACUCUCAGCUACUCGUCCGUGGUGUCCGCGCCAGCCCGUCCUGCGAGUGUCGCCACACGUGUCGUACGACACAUGUUAGUGUAGUGUGUAGUCUACUGUGUUGUUUGUGUUCAUGGCGGAUUUGUUGUGUGGCGAGAGGCUAGGUCUGGACCGCCUGGCCGAAGCUGACCCUGUCUUCUUCCGCGACUUCCGUGUCCUUGACAAUCUGCUGGACUCGGAACCCCGGUACAUCCCCCGAUGCAAUUACUUCAAUGAAGUGCAGCCUGACCUCAAACCCUUCAUGCGCAAAGUGGUUUCCACUUGGAUGAUGGAGGUAUGCGAGGAGGAGCGGUGUGAGGACCAGGUCUUCUCGACCGCCGUCAAUCUCCUCGACCGCUUCCUCUGCGAAUGCCGAAUCGACAAGAGCCAACUCCAGAUGAUCGCCUGUGUCUGUCUCCUGGUGGCCUCCAAGAUGCGGCAAUGCCAUGCCUUGACCGUCGGCAGGCUAGUCUACUUCACCGACAACAGCGUCACUCCAGAUGAGAUCAGGCAAUUCGAGUUGGUGGUGCUGUCUCGACUCAAGUGGGACAUAGCUACGGUGACCGGGUUCGACUAUGUGGACCAUGUCCUGGAGCGGGUGACCUGGUCAAGAGAACAACCCCUGAUCCGGCGACAUGCGCGUACCCUGGUGGACCUCUGCUAUACCGAGCCUGCACUGUUCCGGAAGUCCCCGGCCCUGAUAGCCUCGGGGUGUCUGGUAGCUGCUGCCCGCGGCCUCAAGGUUGGUGCGGCCUCGGCGGCCUCGGUCUGCGGCCUCACACGGUGUCGGGUCGAGGACGUGGAGACUGCUGUUGUCUUCAUCGAGUCCCUCGUCGAGGCCCAGGUCCCCACCACCCCCCGCCCCCCGCCGGCCCCCACCGCCCCCGCCAAGCACGCACCCGCCCCCGAGGACGACCCCCGACACCCUGAGACCCCAACCGAUGUCCAGGAGAUAUUCUUCUGAAGAAGAGAGCAGGAGGGCUUACCACACGAUGGGGACUGUACACCACAUCCAGACUAGCAGACUUCCAUGUCCUCUGUACUUUACCGUUUACACACUACACAUUGUCAUUCUCUGCUGUAUUUUUAAUUUUAAAUCACUGUAUGGUUCUUAUCUUUGUGUUGAUGUUAAGUAUUUUUAUUGUCUGGUUAAGUUGCUUCAUGUAUGCUAAAUUGUGUUUUUAUUAGUAAUAACCUUUUUUCUAGUACGCCAUUUUAUGCAUAAACAGUGAACUAAAAUAAUCAUCUUCACUGUCAAACUAAAACAUUUUUUGUACGGUUUUAUAUUUGUUUUGAAAUGUGCUAUGACAUGCCAUCAAAUCAGAUGUAUCAGUAUUUAUAAAACAUUUUAAUAACAUUAAAUUUAAUUUAUUUUAUACAUGAAAUAAUAACAUUUGUUGUGAAUAGAUGAGCAAUGGAAAAAAUAAACUGUAUGCUUUGUUUUUUUAACUAAUUUAAUACGCAAUAAAAAAUGUGUUAUUCCCUGUAUUUUCUGAUAUUGGGUGUUUUUGUCAAUAAACAAAGAUUUGUGCCAUUUUGACCUUGUUCUUCAGUUUGUGGUUGUGUAAUUUCAAUUCAGUGGCAACCGAUAAAACCAUUGGUUGCCAAUAGAUUAGAAACCAAUUAAUGAUAUAUUAUAUAUUUAUUGUCUUAAAAUGAUAAACAGCAGCAUAACUAGCUCUAAUAUAUUAAUUAGUACUACAUACUGUAAUUUUGUUGAUUUUAUAUAUAUUUAAAUUAAAAGUUAUUUUAAAUCAUU